AUGAAAUCCGCCUCCAUUGCCGCUCUCGCCGCCAUCGGUGCCGCCUCGGUAUCCGCCAUGCCAUCUUCGUAUGCGGCCUUCAAGAAUGCCCUUCACAGACGGGCUGACGGUCCUACCGAUACUCAGGUUUUGCAAUACGCUUUAACCUUAGAGAAUUUGGAGAAGAGAUUCUAUGCCGAUGCUCUUAGUCAAUUCGACGAAGCUGCCUUCGAGGCUGCCGGAUACCCCAACUGGGUCAGAGGUCGACUCAGUCAAAUUGCAGGACACGAAUCCGAUCAUGUAUCUUUGCUCUCCACUGCUUUGGGUAACGAAUCAGUCGCUGAGUGUACUUACAACUUCCCGUACACCGACGUCAAAUCAUUCGUGGGACUCGCCACUCUCCUUGAGAAUGUUGGUGUCUCCGCCUACGCUGGUGCAGCCCAAUACAUCUCCAACAAAGAUUACCUCACUGUCGCCGCCGUCAUCCUCUCUACCGAGGCAAGACAUCAAGCAUGGGAAUCAUCCGCUGUAGGAGGAUCAAACCCUUGGGGAUCAGCUUACGACACUCCUUUGGACUUAAACAUGGUCUACACACUCGCUUCAGCAUUCAUCACUUCUUGCCCUGACUCCAAUGCUGCUCUCCCUGUCAAGGCCUACUCCACCCUUACCGUUGGCGAUGGCUACGCUGCCGGAUCACAAGCUUCAUUCACCUUUGACGACUCUCACACCGCUACCAACUACGUUAUCUUCUAUGAAGGUCUUGGAUCAAGAGCCGUCCAACUUGACGAGAACGACCAAGCUACCAUCCCCUCUGAACUCCAGGGCGUAGUAUACGCUCUUGUGUCUACCUCUUCCGACCCCAAGGGAGUCACCACCGAUAACAUCGUUGCUGGACCUGCUAUCUUGAACUUCCCAUUCGGAGCCUGGUCUGAGAACCCUGCUUUCGCCGGUUAA